AUGCCACUGAGCUCUAACCUGUACGACUUUGUGCAGCGGUUUCAGGAGAUCCAGCAGCAGAGGGAUACCUCAGAUCUGUUAAUUAGGGAUGUGCUCCUGUACUGCGAUCAACUCGAGGCGGCGAUGCGAUUCCAGAACCAGAAACUGUUAGAUGAGCUGCAGGAGUGCAAGCGCGAGAAGAGUCGGUUGGAGGGACAGGUGCAGCGUGGUGAGACGAGUGUGGAGUGGCUUACCAUGGAGAAUGAAGAGAUGAGGAGUCGGAAUGCGUAUAUUCUCGUCAUGAUUGAUGGGGACGGCUUGCUGUUUCGCGAUCAAUGGAUUAGACAAGGCGUUGAGGGUGGGAAGAAGGCUGCUCGAGCUUUGAGAGAUGCCAUCACCGCGCAGUGCGGCGCGCAAGCAGACGUUGAAAUUGUUACGAAAAUCGUUGCCAACUUUGGUGGCCUUGCUAAGUCCCUGGGUCGUGAUGUAUCCGACCUAAAGGACUUUGCAUUGGGAUUCACACAGGGAAAAGCAACGUUUGACUUUAUCGACGUCGGACACGGCAAGGACCAUAUAUCAUCAAAAAUAAAGGAAAACAUCACCUUCCAUCUCAACAACUACAACUGCCGCCACAUCCUCCUCGGCAUCUCCCACGACGCCUCCUACGCCCCCUUCCUCACGUCCACCACCCAAGACGACUUCUCCCGCCAGCGCAUCACCAUCAUCGAAGGCACGCCCACGGCCCCCGAACUCCUCGCCACGAACAUCCCCACCAUCGACCUGGCAAACGACCUCUUCCGUAACGAAAAGAGCACGCCCGCGUGGCCGCUCGCCGCCUGGGCAGCAGGCCCCCGUACCUCCAGCCCAGCCACUAGUAUCGGAUCGGCCAGCACGCCAGGCCGCUCUUCGCUGUCCUACGCAAACGCAGCGAGCGGCAGUCCUCCUCCGCAGAUCAGCCUCCCCCUUACUGCGAGAACCGGCGCGAGCGCGGGACGCACCACCAAGAUACAGAUUCCUCCCCAGCAGCCGGAUUGGAACCCCGGGCCGAGGGGGCUGGACGACCCUAUUACAGUUAGUGUGUCUGCGAUGGAGAGCAUCAAGAAGCGCAAGGAGUCGGAUAAGUUGUGUAAUAAUCAUUUUCUGAGGGGCCCCUGCACAAAGGGGGAUUCGUGCUUUUUCGUGCAUGAUUAUAAGCCCAGCGUGGAGGAGAUCAAUGCGAUUGCUGUGCUGGCGAGGCAGAAUCCGUGUACGAGUGGGCAGGACUGCGAGUCGGAUGAGUGUAUUUACGGGCACCAUUGUCCUAGUAUCCGGGAUAAUGUUUGUGUUCAUCCGUUUUGCAAGUUUCCAGAGGAGGCGCAUCCGCCGGGGACCAAGUUUAAGAAUCCGAGCAUAAAGGCGAAUUGA